UAAGUCUCCUUUUAACAAAUUUAUUACCGUCAAAGAAUAUAAAUCUAAAAAAUAACAAAUGAAAUAUGCCAAUUAAUUAUCGAUAAAGUAAUAAUUAGAUUAUUAAAUUUAUAAAUAUGAGGUAUAAUGGAUGAGAAAAGAGAAUCAUCUUAUUUUAUGUGAACGUCGCAAUUACAUAUGAAUCGCCUUAAUGUGUCUUUUGCUUAAGGGAAUGUUUGUGGUAUUGCCGCGUAUGACAACAUUGUCUAAGUAAUUCCUUUAAUGUUUAAUAUAUUCAGUAUUAAUAGCUUUUAUUGCUGAAAUCGUUACAGAAUUGUGCAUAUAUUCUCACGAUAAAAAUAAGUAAUAUCAAUUAACUAUAAAAAGAGAGAUCUUAAGGUUACAUUUCAACAAAUCAUCAUAAUAGGAUGUCGACGGAUUUUUAUAUACGAUAUUAUGUAGGUCAUAAAGGAAAAUUCGGUCAUGAAUUUCUCGAAUUUGAAUUUAGACCUGAUGGUAAACUACGAUAUGCGAAUAAUUCAAAUUACAAGAAUGAUACAAUGAUUCGAAAAGAAGCGUAUGUACAUCAGUGCGUGAUGGAAGAACUAAAGAGGAUUAUUCAAGACUCUGAAAUUAUGCAGGAGGACGAUUCUUUGUGGCCACAACCAGAUCGCGUUGGACGGCAAGAAUUAGAGAUUGUAAUUGGCGAUGAACAUAUUUCAUUUACGACUUCAAAAACUGGUUCUUUAUUAGACGUAAAUCAAUCACGGGAUCCAGAAGGACUAAGAUGCUUUUAUUAUCUUGUACAAGAUUUGAAAUGCUUAGUGUUUUCUCUCAUUGGACUACACUUUAAAAUAAAACCUAUAUAAAUAUAUAUAAUUAUCAUACAAUGUAUUACAAGUUUAAGUAUCUUUAACUACUUCAUUGUGUAAGAAAAUAUAUGAUAAUUUUUAAUUAA